AUGGCCUCCCAGACGAACUUUCAGCAAUCCUUCGUGCUACCCAGAGUGGUGAGCAGUUUCGUUACUGGAACAGAAACAGAUCGGUUCAACGUGUACGAUGUCAAGUUCUACCCGUACUCCGAUCCUUCGAACACAGAACCCGUUUUUGCCGUUGUCUCUCAGAAGAAAGUCUACAUUGCUCGCUUGUCGGCUCAGACUGAUUGUGUCAUCACGUUGCUUCAUGAAUUGGAGGAUGAGCAGGAAGUGCGAGACGGUGAUUCCUCGGGCCUCAACUCAUGCUCAUGGUGCUACAUCCACCAGGACCAGCCCCUGCUCGCCCUUGCCGGUGGAUCAGGCCAACUCAAGGUGAUUGAUGCCGCUUCAGGAGAACAUUUCACAACACUGAUCGGUCACGGGCAUGGGGGCAUCAACGACAUUGCAACCCAUCCAAUCUUCCCGUGGAUUGUCGCAACCGCUUCGGUCGAUAAGAGCGUUCGGAUCUGGGACUUGCGACGACACAGCUUCCGGCAUGAAUCACACACCAUCAUCAUCUGCGGCCAAGCAACAGGCCAUUCCGAAGGCCUGUUAACCCUCUCGUGGCACUCUACCGGAAGAUACUUGAUCACCGGUGGUCAUGACCACCUCGUUUGUGUCUGGACCAUCCCGGAUCUUGCAGAAGGGUCAUCGUUUUGGCGGGAGAUUGAACCAGAAAGCAGGAAGCGAAGCUCCGACGAAGUUCACGUCAUCCAUUUCCCUCACUUCACCAGCUCGGCCGUACAUCACGACUUUGUUGAUCGCGCAAAGUUCUUUGGUGACCUGGUCAUAUCCAAAGCCGCAAAAGAAGGCAAGAUCGUGCUAUGGAAGAUCACUGGCUUCGACACACAGAAGCCGCCCCCAAGCCCCGUGACGGCCCCUAAGGCCGAAGAACAUCUAGACACGCGUAACGGGUUUAUGCGUACGGGGAGGAUAGGCAAGAACGGGGUGGAAAUUAUCAAGAUCUCGCCUGAAUUCGAAGACCAGCCCCCCUUUGAAAGAAUGCUGGAAUUCGAGGCUCCCAACAGCGACCCAUUUUAUAUGCGCUUUGGGCUCUUGUUGCCCUCAUCCGACUAUCCAGAGCUACCUCCUGUUCUAGCCUUCGGCGAUACCGCUUCCGAAAUUCGCUUUUGGGACCUUGAACGACUUGCGCUGGGCUACUCCGUCGGCCUAGAUCCCAAGAAAAGCAGUCCAGUAAAGAAGAGAAAAGGAGUUGCCUCGAGGGCCAAUCGAGCCAGCAUCGUUUCUCAGAAUAUUGUGGACGAACAGGACUCUGCACUUCGGUUGCGUGAGUCCACUGAGUCUUCGGUUUCCAACACCAGUUCCGGAUUGUCGGCAGCGCGACAGGCUUCGACGGGGGCAACCAGUGAAAUAUCGGAUGACCCGGUGCCGCGUGGUCCAGAUUCGCUAAUUCCAUCUCCAGAUCGUGCAAGCCUUCCUAUUGAUGAUCCGCACCAGCUGGUCAAGCACCAUAACACAGCCAGCUUGGCAGACUUACGAUAUAAGAGACAACGUGCAUUCAUGACGAGGACAAUUGACUGGAGUCCCUGUGGGAGAUGGUGUAUAGCGGUGGGCGAGUCUAAGCUGUCGGAGGAGGAGGGUUGUGGUGGUGUUGCUGUCCUACAUCGCUGA